GUGACGAGCGACGGAACACAAACACAGCUCACUGUCGUUCUUCUUUCCAUGGCAUUCUACGACGACGCCGACGACGCCCAGGAGGACGCCAGCGGGUGCCCGGUGUGCUACGAGGGCCUGCGCGGCACGGAGAGGACCCUGAGCUGCGGACAUGUGUUCUGCCACGACUGCCUGGUCAAGAUGCUGCUCAGCAUCCACGCCGCCGCGCGCGCCCGGGACGCCAUCGCCUGCCCCGUGUGCAGGCACCUCACCUUCAUCAGGAAGCGGCAGGAGGAACCGCUCGCCGUGGCGGAGGACAAGGGGGAGCCCGACGAAGACCGCCGGGGACGAGGAGGAGGAGGCGGCGCCGGGGGGCAGACCUUGGAGGUGCCCGCGGGCGCGGGGACGCCGCUCGCCCGGCUCGAGGACGCUCGUCUCUGCGGGCGGCUCCGGCGCUUCUUCUUCUUCUGCGGGGACUCCGAGCCCGAGCGCCUCCGUCGCCAGCGGCUCCUCCGGACGAGUCCCUGCGGCACCACGGAGAUUUUCGUCAUCAGCGCCCGGGGGAGACCCAUGACGGAGGAGGACGCGUUCGGCGUGGCGCUGACCGUGGUGCGGCCGCAGAGGAGGCGCCGGCGCCGGCUGUGCAGCACGGCUCGGUGCCUCGUGGUGCUGCUCUCCACCUUCACCGUGACGGCGCUGGUGGCCGCCGUUUUGCCCUGGAUCCUGUUGGCCUGAUGAUGAGGAUGACGAGGAUCGUGAUUAUUAGAUCCUGCAGCUGGACAACGACAGGCCAAAGAGGAACAACUACAACCUGAGGUGGCAAAAUUCUGAAUGCAGAGUCUUCUUCUUUUCUUUUCAUCGAUGAGACCGAGUGGCGUUUCCCCCCCCCCCC